GCGCCGUGACAUGUCUUAAAAUUUCACCCAUGGUCCACACCAUAAACAUAUAAAUAUUUCUUUUAUAUGAAUAUGGUCCACAACAGUAACCAUAUCCAUACAUUUUGGUAACCUUACCAUCACACCAAAAUUACACUGUAUAGUAUACUCUUUGAACUGUUGUAUUUCUACUUUCAUUUCUUAUAAGUUUUAUAGCUGUGAAUACGUUUACAUUAGCAUUUAACGUGUAAUUUUGCUUAAUAAAAGUCUGAAGUAGCUGCACUAUGGAAAAACUGCAAUUAUCUCAUGAGGCACAGGUUUUUCACUGUCCAUUCAAUACAGCGCAUACUAUGCCGCACAAAACUUUGAUAUUGCAUUUGACGAGAUGCCCUGAUAGACCAGCUGGUUAUAAAACUUGUUCAUUUAAUAAUUUGCAUGUCAUGCCAGCAUGUGACAUUGCGGCUCAUGAGGUAAAUUGUCCAGAUCGAUCAAUACUUGAUGAGCUUUUGUAUGAGUCGGAAAAUGUUCAGCGUCCAGUUACUGUUAUAAGUAGAGCACCAACUGUAGUGAUAGAUGAGUCAUGGGAUGAACCAGAAGAAUCUGUAAAUGUGAUCAAAAGUAUUAAUGAAAGAGCAGUGUUUAUGAAACCAUCAUAUGGUCUCACCAAAUCGGAAAGGAAAAAAUAUCGUGCUGAAAUGGGUCAAAAAUAUUCAAAUAUGGACUUAUCGUACAAUGCAAAUUCAAGUAUUAUUAAUAGACAAGAUUCAUCUGAUGUUAAUAAAAAGGCCGAAGAAAAUGCAAAGAAAAAACAAUUAUUUUUUGGAAAAAGACCCUAA